UAUACUAUCGCAAUAAGUUCACAAAAGUUCCUUAAAUUGUUCUAUCAUUUCCACAUUUCAACUCACACUAUUCUCACAUCUCUCUUUCCAUCUCUCUCCCUCAUAUACCUAGCUAGAGAGGGAAGAUAAUUCUAACCAACAUGGUACAAUCAAAGAAAUUCAGAGGUGUCAGGCAACGCCAUUGGGGCUCUUGGGUCUCUGAGAUUCGUCAUCCAUUAUUGAAAAGGAGGGUGUGGUUAGGAACAUUUGAAACAGCUGAAGAAGCUGCUAAAGCAUAUGAUGAAGCAGCAGUUUUGAUGAGUGGAAGAACUGCAAAAACCAACUUUCCAAUUAACAUGGAAAAUAAAAUUUCAUCUUCGAGUUCAAGUUCGAGUUCGAGUUCUUCGAAAGCGUUUUCUGCAGUUCUGAGUGCAAAGUUAAGGAAGUGUUGCAAGUUUCCUUCACCUUCACUCACAUGCUUGAGACUUGAUGCAGAGAAUUCGAACUUCGGUGUGUGGCAGAAAGGCGCGGGUCCUCGUUCCGAAUCAAAUUGGAUUAUGAUGGUUGAGUUAGAAAGGAAGAAAAGUGAUUCUGUGGCUGAGAAAGUAAAGCCAGAAGAGGAAUUAUGUAAGAAUGGUUUGGAUGAUGAACAGAAAGUUGCUUUGCAGAUGAUAGAAGAACUUCUCAACAGAAACUAAAUCAAUGCUUUCACUUUCAUGUGUGGGACUCAUUGAAAGGAGAGUUUAAUUUGAAGUUCCAUGAUGUUUGUACUUGUCUUUGUUUGUUUGUCAUAUGUAGGAGUGUGUUUUAUGAUGAUUCAUAUCUUGUGUUUUACUGUUUAGUUUACCACAUGUGUAACUGCCUAUAAGCUAAAGUUAUAAUUUUAUGUUCUCUGUUAAAAAAAUUAUAUAUAUUUAGUUAACUAAU